AUGAGCCAGGUUUCACAAUUAAAUUCCGUAUGCGAUCAAAAAGUGUCGUCAGUCUUCGGCAAGAAGGCCAUCACAGUUGCAAUUUGGACUUCUGAGCCAAGGUCGGAUGGUUGCUUGCCGUCGUCUGAUAUAUGCGAACAAGCGUCGCAACAGGAACGUCACCAGCAUGCUCCUGACAUCGAAGAAGCCAGGAAUAGCCCUGGACGUCAAAAGCAUCGAAAAACAUGCGAUAAACUUGCGCAAGUAGCAACAAAGCUACCGAUACCUUGGUCUUUCCUCGAAACAUGCUUAACUUCUCAAAGCAAAAUCGCCAAUGGUUCGUGCUUGCCAGUUAUUUUUGUCGUAGCCGGAGUGACGGUUGGGAAAGACCGGUCAGACGAACUGGAUCUGCAGUCCAAGCCCGAGGACGUCGGGCCUAGAUCGUUGGAUGCGUCUGUGUGCACCUUUCGGCACUUGAAGUUCUCGUUGGAUACUGAUACCUCAUGCUCCAAUCUAGGAACGAUCAUUGGGAACUCGUCUUCGAACCACUGCAAAGCACCAAUGCUAGAUUCUGGUCGAAAGGCUUCCGAAUCCGUUUAUUCACCCACAUCAAAAACCGGUAGCGCGGAUCCAGCGGGGUGGAUUUCGAUUGGGUGGGGGAUUCUUGCACACUACUAUGAACAAGGUUCAGGCUCUCAAAACGUUCGUGACUAG